AUGAAACUACAUUAAUGUUAAACCAACCAACCCAAUAAUGAUAUGAUCUUUGGUCAUAGAAUUGGUACCAAGAAGAUAAUUGCAGAUAAAUAAUAAAAAGUAAAUUAUUAUAUAACCAAUUUAGGUAAUCAAACAUAUUAGAUAAUUACCCAGAAGCAAAGAAGAUAAUUAUUUUCAUGAAGCCAUUAAAGCUAAUGAAUAAUAUGACCUUUUUCUUGAAAAGUAUCUAUUUAUCUUAUCAUCUAUCUAGGAUGAAUACUUUUAAGAUCCAAUAAGCAUUGAUUUAAACUAAAUAACGAUUUUAGGAUGAUAAUAAAUUUGCCAAUCUUUUAGAAUAUGUUCCUGAAGAAAAAGCAAACGAUAAAAAAAUUAAAAAAGAACUUGAAUCUUAUAUUGAUAGAUAUGUUACUAUGAAAAAAGGACCUGCUCCAAGACAUCCAUAAUUUUAUUAUUUUAUUUGA